AUGAGCCACCCUUCCUCCGGCACGGGCAACACGGCCCGCGUCGGUGUGCUCGGUGCGAGCGGUUAUACCGGCGGCGAGUUGCUGCGCCUGCUGGCGAGCCACGACGGCUUCUCGGUCGGCCUGCUCACCGCCGAGCGGCGCGCGGGUCAGAGCCUGGGCGCGGUCUUUCCCCAUCUGGGCGGCGCCGGCUUCCCCGACCUCGUCAAGAUCGAGGACGCCGCCUGGGACGCCCUCGACGCGGUCUUCUGCUGCCUGCCCCACGGCACCACGCAGGAGGUCGUUGCCGCCCUGCCGGGCCAUCUCAAGGUAGUGGACCUCUCGGCCGACUUCCGUCUCGCGGACCCGGAAGUCUACGCGGAAUGCUCGCACGCGACGACGGUGCGCGGCGCCCGCCUCGUGGCGAACCCGGGCUGCUACCCGACCGCGUCGCAGCUGCCGCUGGCGCCGCUGCUCGAAGACGGGCUGAUCGAGAGCGAGGACAUCAUCAUCGACGCCAAGUCGGGGGUCUCGGGCGCGGGGCGCGAGGCCAAGCAGGGGAGUCUCUUCGCCGAGGUCGGCGAGGGCGUGCACGCCUACGGCGUCGCCCACCACCGCCACGCGCCGGAGAUCGAGCAAGGGCUCUCGGCGGCGGCGGGGACGCCCAUUCGCGUCAACUUCACGCCCCAUCUGAUUCCGAUGAACCGGGGCAUUCUGGCGACGAUCUACGUCCGCAGCCGCGCGGGCGCCGAUGCUCUGCGCGAAGCGCUUGCCCGGCGCUAUGCGGACGAGCCGUUCGUGCGCGUCCUGCCGGCGGGCGCAGCACCCGCGACCCGCCACGUGCGGGGCUCGAACCACUGCCUCAUCGGGGUCUUCGACGACCGGAUCGAGGGGCGCGCCAUCCUGAUCUCGGCCAUCGACAAUCUGGUGAAGGGCGCCUCCGGCCAGGCGAUCCAGAACAUGAACCUGAUGCACGCCCUGCCGGAGACGACCGGGCUCGAGCAGGCGCCGCUCUUCCCUAGAGGGUCGGGAGCAUAUGUGGCGCCAAACGCCUUCGUCGCGGCCGGCAGCAGCGUGAUCGGCGACGUCGUGCUCGGGGCCCAGUCGAGCGUCUGGUUCAACUGCGUCCUGCGCGGCGACGUGAACUACAUCCGCGUCGGCGCGCGCAGCAACGUCCAGGACGGCACGAUCAUCCACACCGCCACCGCCGACGGCCCCACGCUCAUCGGCGAGGACGUGGUGGUGGGCCACAUGUGCCUGCUCCAUGCCUGCGUGCUGGAGGACGGCUGCAUGAUCGGCAUGGGCGCCACGGUGAUGGACUACGCGGUGGUGGAAACCGGCGCCUGGGUCGCCGCCGGCGCGCUGGUGACGCCCGGCAAGCGGCAUCGCCCGGCGCUACGCUAA